AUGUCUGCCGCAAAGACAACCGUCCCGACCAAUGACCAAAUCUUGGUCCCUGAGACGCUCUUGAAGAAGCGCAAGAGCCAGGAGAAGGCCAGAGAGGAGAAGUCUGCCGAGCUCGAGAAGAAGAAGAAGGCACAAAAGGAGAAGCGUGGUGUUAUCUUCAAGCGUGCCGAGAAGUACGUUAAGGAGUACCGUGACCAAGAGCGUGAGAAGAUCCGCCUUGCUCGUCUUGCCAAGCAGGAUGGCUCCUACUACAUCCCAGCCGAGGAGAAGUUGGUCUUCGUUGUCCGUAUCAAGGGUAUCAACAAGAUCGCACCAAAGCCCCGAAAGAUCCUCCAACUCCUCCGUCUCCUCCAGAUCAACAAUGGUGUCUUUGUCCGCAUGACCAAGGCAACUCUCGAGAUGUUGAAGGUUGUCGAGCCAUGGAUCGCCUACGGAUACCCCAACCUAAAGACUGUCCGCGAGCUCGUCUACAAGCGUGGGUACGGAAAGGUCGACAAGCAGCGCAUUGCCCUUACCGACAACUCCAUCAUCGAGAACAACCUCGGCAAGUACGGCAUUGUCUGUAUGGAGGAUUUGAUCCACGAGAUCUUCACUGUUGGCCCCAACUUCAAGCAAGCCGCCAACUUCUUGUGGCCAUUCAAGCUUAACAACCCCAACGGUGGAUUCCGCACCAGAAAGUUCAAGCAUUUCGUCGAGGGUGGUGAUCUCGGUAACCGUGAGGACAAGAUCAACGCUCUGAUCAGACAGAUGAACUAG